AUGUCCCACUACCGUAGAAGACUUGGUUUGUUAAUUUUGGCAGCCGUUCUUUGUCUUUCUGUUUUUCACGUUGUUUUUUAUCAGAUUUGGCUGUAUGGAAGUGAUGGUCAUAACGUCAUUGAUAAGCGUUUUGUAGAGAGAACCCCUUUAUCCCAUCCUGAUGAAGGGAAUGGGUCAUCUGAAUCGCAUUUGGGCUGGAGUGCAACCAUGUGUGAUCCCAGUUCGUUGCUAACGCACAGGAAGCUGCGCCAAUACUGCCGGGAUCCUUCACGUGUGAGCAUGCCUGUUUCUCCCGUGUACUGUGAGAUGAUUCUGCGCCGUGGGCCCCCUCCGUGUGGGUUCUACGUUGGAGGUGUGUUCCGGAAGCCACUGAAGCUGCUCUCAUUGGAUGCACUGAAAGAGCAGCUGCGUGGGGAGCCUGAGGCGUGUUUUUCUCCGGCGACGUACAACGGUCAGCAGAGCAACGCAACGCUUGUUGCCUCCGACAUUGGUGAUGCCUCAGACGCUGUGUUUGAGGUGCGGCCGGCUGCGUGCCCGAGCUAUCGUUACUUCAGUCCGCGUGUGGCGCUGUCAAUACUGCACCAUGCGAGCAUUGGUCGCAACGGGCGUGGCAUUCUUAUUACUGGUGACUCGAUGAUGCGGCAAGUGAUGAUGCGACUGAUGUUUUUUCUGCGGGGUGAGGAGGUAUUCUCUGAACACUACUUUCACCAUGAUGGCCUGUACGUUGUGUUUGAGGACCGUGAUGAGCUCAUUAUUGAAUUGAAAUGCCAGCACAACUCUCUUCUAGACACGUACUUCCCUGGGUACAGGACACCGUCUACGGAAAACAGUACUUGUCCUCAUGCAGCCCAGUUGGGUGGGCGUGUGGUAGCCAUUUUUCUUUUCCUGUGGGAUCCGACACCUCUUACUUUUCGUGAGGACGUAUUUCGCAUGAAGAUUCCGCCUGUGCAUCUUGCCUCCUUUAUGUACUGGUGGAAGCGUGGAGUAAGU